AUUGGUGGAGAGAGCUGAAGAACCAUUGACCUGGCCUCAGUGUAAAAAGGGAGGGAGUCCGACCAGCAACGUAAACUCUUGGUCACGUUGACCAGAAGAAUGCAAUGACAAUAACGCAUAACAAAAUGUGAUUUGUACAAGCCUUACAAAUUAUAUAAAGUGAUUUAGUGUGUAAGUGGACAGUUUGGUUGGUGGAACUUUCUCCGGAAAUCCAUUGCUUUAAACAAUGCCAGGAAAGUACCUAGAGUACAUCAAGGCUGGACGAUACGUUGUGCCAGUGGAAUUGUCAUUUCUUCCAUCGAAAUUGGUCGAUAACGUUGGUCAGGAAAUACUGACAUCAAAAUGGGUGGAAAGGCGACAUUGGAAGGAAGUCAAAGCUAUGCUAAAGCCAGCAGUAGAACUUGUUGGAAAAUACAACGAAUCUGGGACGGAUAAGAUAUCAAAAUCUCAUCAUAUUUCGUUUGGCCAAGAAAUUGCAUUUGGGUAUUCCAUUCAUUUAAACAAGGACAAGUGUCCAUUUGUUGCCGUCUUGGAUGUCAAACACAAUGUAUGGACAGAUGACGAAGAUGGUGAAAUAGACGAGAACUCAGGGAUAGCAGACUUUGGUGGGAGGCAUAAAAAUUUCACGCCUACAAAAUGUUACAUUCGAGGAUGUGUCACUAAAAAAUCUGGUUCACAAGUGGAGGAUGGGAAAAAAAUUCGGAAAGAGUUAGGGGUCAAGAAUGACGAUGUUCGGAACUAUUUUCAAACAUCACCUUCCAGCUCUGGGUCAACAACGCUCUUUAGCGUCACUAAUCAACCAGGGAUGGCAACAUAUGAAAAACCGCAUAAAAUCAAGACAGUGAAUCGAAAGAGGAACAAGUCCACCAAGAACAAAAGACGAUCCACCAACAGCUCCCACAUUCGCCAUGUUCGAGAUUACAGUAGCUCAGAAGAGUCUUUGAUGGACUUGCCUCCUCCUGGGUCAUCUUUGUCAUGGCCGCUCGCAGCGACCUCCCCGGCAGUGAAAUUGGGAGGCACGAUGAGCAAUACCACCGUUGCACCUCAACAAUGUUCCCCCAUUGAGCUCCCAACCGAGUUGGAUAUACUUGAUAGUAUAGAUGUAGAUAUUGACGGAACACCCGUCGGAGGCGAUAUUUUAAGUGAUUCUGUCGACGAAGUAUUCAGUUCUUCCAGCCUAUUUCGAAAUUGGAUUGAAGAUGAUGAUGAAGACUUUGACGAAGAACUUCCCGAUAUUGAAGAGACAGAGGCAAGUGUUCAUCACCACACAAGUAGAAAACCUAAAAGAUCUGCUGGAAACCGAAGGAAAUUUGGAAGCGACAAAAGCAAAAGUCCUGCGAAGAACACGUUAACGUCAGGUUUACCUGAUAUAGAUGAUACAAAUAAAAGAGGAAGGGCCAAGAGGAAACGAAACGUCGCAAUUGUUGAACCAAUGAAACCUAUGAAAUCUACUUCAACUGGACAAAUGUCAUUUGAAGAAGCAGUCGGAGCAAUGAGUGUACCCGCAAUCAAUGUUACUGAGAGAAAGAAAAGAGCCAGAUCAACUGGGUCGCCCACCAUGGAUCGGAAUCGUUUUAGAAAUAAUGCCAAUUCUGCUAUUGAGAUUGUUGGUGAAGAUACUGAAAUGCCUAAUAAUUCAGACGCACGGUCAUCCCAAGGAUCAGCCGACAAAAGAAAGAGGAAGGAUGUGAAGCAAAAAAGGCAUACAAGAAAAAGACGAGGCAGUUCACCAUUAAAUGACAGGUUAACCCCUAGCCCAUUUCCAGAAUCUCCUGAAGAGGAUGUUGACAUAAGACAUGAUGAUCCCGACGAAGUUGAUGAUGAAGAUGAUGAUGAAGAUUCCUACUCGGGAUCUGAGCCAGAAAUGCCCGUAUUAGUCAAAAUGGUUCCUUCGUCUGAUGAUGAUCAAAGCAAUUCUGCUAUGACGCCACCAGAAAGCCCUGGUACAGUUCCACCUCUCGAGCCUGCUGAGCCAAGCAUGAUUAUCACAGUCCAACAAUCGGAAAAAGUGCGACGUAGCCUUAGUCCUGAUAUUGCUGACCACUGUGUUCAUUCCAUUCAUACCACUGUGCAUAGACAACUUUCUAAGAAUUUUUCAAUUAGUGACCAUUCUCAAAAUUUGAAUUCUUAUAAAUCCUCGUCACAAAUUAUAACAAAAAUUCUACACUACCAUGCCAGUGACUCUGACGAUAUUACUUCAGAGUCAGCAUACAGAAAAACUCCAAUUCGUCGGAAGAGAAGAAAGAAAUUGGUUCCUGGAUCUUCAACAACCAGCGCUUUCAAUUCUGCUCACCAAAGAAUUUAUAAUAAAUUUCCAAGAGAAAGAACUAGUGUGUCACCCAGCAAGCAAACUGGAGACGCUCAGACUCAAACUACUUUUACAGUCCCUUCAAUUUUAGACAUUGGAGAAAGAAAUCAUCCCCGUGACCAAAUAGCUGAAGUUUCUGAAACGGCGCCCAGCUCAAACGUUCCAGAAAAGACAUCUGCAAUCGCUGUUAAAACCGAACGUACUAGCCAAUCGGACAAUGAUAGCGAUCAUGUACGAGAAGAAGCCUCCAGCGGUGAAGAUGAUGAUGAUGUCCUAUUUGCUGGACAGUAUUUUGCUAUCCCUGUUGUAACUUUAGAUUCCCCAAAACGUUCUGUAGAUCAAUAUGAAGAUGAGGACGACGAAGAGCUCUUUAGCUUUGAUAGACCAGCAUCAGUUAAAAUCGAAUGUCAGUCCAUUAAUUCCGUGGAUCACCCAAGUAAUCCGCCUGAAGUAGAACAUAACUCAGUUAAUAAUGACGAAGCCAUGAUAGGCGAUGAUGAUGGUUAUGAAUAUUCGUUCGACUUUGUUGCUCGUUCUCGAAACAAAGCUCAUGUUAUAUCAAGAACUGGGGGUCCCCAAGGAAGUGAUAAUGUUGUGAAUGCAUUGAGCGAUAACCCUGUGAUGGUAGAAAUCCAAGUAUCAUCAGAAUCAGACAACCACCGUGAUAAUGACGAGUGUAACCACCAGCGAGUGGAAAACUUGUCAACAUUUCAGUUGAUGAAUCAUCCGGGAACGCUUCGUGCAGGAUUCGGUUUUUUGAAUAAAGUCAUGUCCAACAAUGGUAAACGAGACAAUAUUUACAAGCGGUUUGGAUUAGAUAAAAGGGAAAAGAAAAAACACAAUGAACAAAGCAGCAGAAAACAAAAGGAUGAUAGCGAUCUAAUGCCCCCUCCACCGGCAAAACGGCCUGCUAGUCCAGACAUUUGCUCCCUGAAUCCUGAACAAUGGCUGAAGAAAUCAAAGUCCACACGACCCAAACAUCAUAAGAAUAAUGACCAUCACCACAGUUUAGAAAUGAAUCGAGCCGGUAGUCCGAUACCGGGCCCCAGUACUGGGAUUCGGGCUAGCCCAAUGACAAACUUUGAUGUUGACGAUUCCGAUGAUGAUGAUUCAGAUGAUCAUUAUCCGAAAGGAGUUGGACCAUACUGGAGAGAAUUCAUGUCACGAGCUCAGGAACCACAAACCGAAUAUCAACCCAGAGGAGACGAGUAUGAUCUCACUCAAGCUUCACAAUGCAUGCCAGCAGUAGUACAAGAUUAUGCAGAAAAAAGUAGAACAUACAAAAAGCACACAAAGAAUAUAGAGGACAUGACAUCUGACCAAUUCAAGCAACAUUUUGAAAUAAUUAGACCACAAAUUAUGGACAUUGUUGAAGGCAAGGAGGAAAGCUUACGGAACCAGUUAUACUGCAAUAAAAGUCAUCAAGAUAUUCGCACGUUAAAAAGUUUAAACGUCAUCACUCCGUUUCAUGAGGAGCAUGGGAAUACAUUGAACACUUGGUUGUACGAUCUUUUGUUACCAUACUCGGCAUCAACUCUAAAGUGUGCCGACUAUGUAAAUUAUGUAACCCGACCGGAAGCCUUUAUUCGAAUAUAUGCAUUAGUAAAUGAGAUUAGCCGUCAGACAGCAGAGAAAGAAAUGUUGGCAGGCCCCUGCUACGAAGGUCCCUACAAGGAUAGUUGAUAUUUGUUAAAAUCGUAAGAGAUUAAAUUAGUUAGAAUUUUCUACAAUUUUUAUGAAGGCUCGUGAAGUUGAUAUUGACAUUGAAUAUGACACAUUUUAUUUUCAUAAGUUUUGUAAUAUUUUAUGUUUUAUUUUAUUUAUUCAAACUUUUCAUAUUACGACUGACACUGUCGUUAAUAGAUUUAACUAUGUAUAUUUUUGCGUGUGCGCUGAGAUGAAGAAAAUGUAAUCGUUUCUGACUAAUUCUAAUCACUAAUAGAUAAUAAUAAUCACUUUCGCUGAAAAACUGCA